AUGGAGAUACAGAUCCCUUAUACUAUCAUCUUCUUCACUUUCUUCUGCUUUUUCUUUGUCAUCCACAAGCUAUCUUCUUCCACAAAACCGAUCAAAACCUUACCUCCGGGCCCAUGGAAAUUACCUCUCAUAGGAAAUCUUCACCAACUCAUUGGCUCACUACCUCAUCGUACUCUAGCAAAUCUUGCAAACAAGUAUGGACCCUUCAUGCACCUUCAACUGGGACAGCUUUCUCAUAUCAUAGUUUCUUCACCUGAAUAUGCCAAAGAAAUAAUGAAGACCCAUGAUCAGAUCUUCGCAAACAGACCCAGAACUCUUGCCUCUGAUAUCUUUGCCUACAACAGCACAGACAUCUUGUUUUCCCCCUGUGGAAACUAUUGGAGGCAACUUCGAAAGAUUGGUACUUCAGAGAUUUUCUCAGCAAAGAGGGUUCAAUCAUUCAGAAGGAUUAGGGAAGAGGAGGUAUCAGAACUUGUAAGGAACAUCGCUGAACAUGACGGCUCUUUCAUGAACCUCAGUAGAAAUAUAUUCACAAUCACGAAUUCGAUAAUUGCUAGAACGGCCUUUGGGAAAAAGACAAAGAAUUGUCAUCACUGGGACGAGAGCUCGAAUGAUGAAGUUGCAAAAAGAUGGAGACAAGGUUUUCGAUGA